UUCUGCUGAAGGAAAAAAAAAAAGUUUGAUGCAAUUGAUUGCCGAAAUAUGUGUUUAUGUGAAGAAUUAAGUGCUACCGCGGCAAUAAAGUUAUGUUGUGAGUUCAACGACAAGAAGACAACUGUACCUUUUGGGUAUAAUGAUGUUGGACGUCGUUAUAGCAUUAGAUAAUCGAUGCCGAAGUAGGCAUACCUUACGCAAGUGGCCUUGUAAUUUCAUAUUUUGCAAUGGAAGUCAAUUUCGGACCAUGUGUAGGCCGAAGUACGGUUGAAGACUACAGGAACGAUUGGUGGCAGAAUUCAUGAAAUCUGCAAAUAAUUGUAGGUUUUGGGAAGUGCAGCAUCACUAAUGAAUUCGUUCGUGGGAAAACUAUCGACCAUCUCUCGGAAGUAUCCUCUUCUUCGUGGGAUGGCUUCCUAUGCUGUCAUUUGGCCAGCAUCAUCAUUGUGUCAGCAGACUAUAUCGGGCAAGGAACACUACGACUACAUGCAGGUGCUUCGAUAUGGCUUGUUCGGAACUUUAUUCGUGGCGCCUACCUUACAUACUUGGAUGAAACUGGCAGCAGAAAUGUGGCCAAGCAUGACUGUGAAAUCUGCUCUUGCAAAGGCAGUAGUUGAACAGUUUUCUUAUGGACCUGCAGCUUGUAUUUGUUUCUUCUAUGGUAUGAGCCUUCUUGAAGGAAAAUCAAUGAAAGAAGCUGCAUUUGAAGUUCAAACAAAAUUUGUUCCAACAUACAAGUAUGGAGUUCUCAUCUGGCCUGUUGCUGCAACCGUCAACUAUACAUUUGUGCCUGAAAGAAACAGAGUUCCUUUCAUAAGUUUAUGCAGUUUUCUUUGGACCAACUUCUUGGCAUUCAUGAAAGAAUUGGAAGCAAAACGUCUUCUUCAACUGAAAACACCACUAUAAUGUUUUCUAGCCACAACAAAAUAGUAUUUAUAAUUAUCAGCUUGUAAUAUAUGUGUAUGAAACAUUCCUGAUAAAUUUCUCAUAAAACAAAAAUAACAUUGCAAGAGAUUGCUGUUAUAUUGUUUUACCAGAUAAAAAAUUUCCAAAUGGUGACAGGUAAUUCUCUUUUUUUAACAUCACUCAAAAUACAAAUAGCUAAUAAUAGCUAUUGUUUGUUUCUGUAUGAUGGAAUUCAUAAGCAGUUACAUGUAUGUUAGUAAGAAGAAAACUAAAAUAGUGUGUGUUUAUUGGGGAAAAAUUUACCUGAAGUUGGCUCUAACAAUUUUUGAACUUAGUAAAUAAUUGCUUAAAACCCUAAUUGUUAAAUCCAGCAAUAUGUAGUGGUGACAACAGAAUUAUGUUCAGAUAUCUGAUAUUACUGUAUUAUUAAUUUUAUUACCAAUUUGUGUGUGUGUGUGUGUGUGUGUGUGUGUGUGUGUGUGUGUGUGUGUGCGUGCGUGCGUGCGUGCGCGUGCAUGCGUGUGUGCGUGCAUGUGUUUAAUAUCAUGAUUUAGAAAUAAAUCUGUAGCCACUACCUAUAUUUUAAAAACAUGGAUUGUUGUCAUUUGGUAUCAGUUUCAUGUAGCACAGUCAAUAUGUUGUUUACAACUUGAAUGAAGUCAUACUGUUCCUUGCAAUGCUGAUAUUGCCUGUUUUGAAGUAUUCAAAGAAAUCUCAUUGAAUAAGUGUCACCAGUAUUAAAAAAUUUUGACAUACAUUAGCACAAAUACAUUUGUUGAUUACA